AUGGGUACAAAUUAUGCGAAAUAUAUCAUUCCGGCAAAAGAUUUACUUAUCAGACGUGAGGGCGAUAAGCGAUGCGUACUUUUGUUAAAAAGCGCAAAAACAGUCGCACUCGGACUGCCAUUCCUAAAUAGAUAUUGUGCUAUACUGGAAAUAAGUGAAAAAGACGGUUCUGAACUUCGGGUCAUAAAAACACAUAUUAGGACUCCAAGCCAGCUGAAACGACAUAAAAGAACACAUAGUAGUGAAAGGCCAUACAAAUGUGAAGUAUGCGGUAUGGAAUCCCGAGAUCUGUACAUGCUGAAAAGUCAUAAGAGGAUGAUGCAUGGCGAUGAGUUAUUCAAAUGUGAGAUGUGUGAUGAAAGUAUUCCACGAAUUGAACAUCUUCGGAGUCAUAAACGGACACACACAAAAGAACGGCGAGGAGGAAUGCAAUAA